GCUGGGCCGGGAGCGCCUCGCCGCCAGGGGCGCGGGCUGCCCUCGCUCGGCGCCCGCCGCCGCCCCGCGCCCGCUGACAGCCGCCCGCAGCCGCCAUUUAACCCUCCUGCCGCCGCCGCCGCCGGGCAGUGAGCGCCCGCCCGCCGCCCCGGGAAGCGCCGGCGGCGUCUCCUCCACGGGAAGGACCGCGCUCUAUCCCCGACUCGCCGGCCGCUCCGCCCGCAGCGUGGAGGCAAGGAAUGAUGUUCCUGCUGUGAUGCUGCGCCUGCUGCCGGCAGCCGGGGGAGUUCGGGAGCGGCUGUCCCUGGAGGCAGGCUGGCUCCCCACCGCCCUCCGUCAGCAGCCGCCCCUCUCCUGAGGCACGAGGUGUUCUUGGAAAACGUGCUAGCACUUUGGAGCUGAAAAGGGACAUGAGGAGUAAAAGGACCCCGGAUCUCACUGGUCAGAAUGAAACAGAUGUUGAAAGAUUUUUCAAAUCUGUUGUUAGUAGUGCUCUGUGACUAUGUUCUCGGCGAAGUGGAGUAUCUCCUGUUGGAGCACCCGGAUCAUGUAGCCUUCAGCAAUGACACAGUGUCUGUGGAAUAUCAGUACUACAGUGGUGGUAAUGUGACAGCAGAGCAUGUGUCCAUCCUUUUGCUGGAUGCCAGCACCAGUGAGAUAAUUGCAAGAAAACAGCUUCCAGCAAAUCAGUCCCAGGGGACGGUGGUGUUUGAGUGUUACCAUUUCAAGAGUGCUGGUGAUUUCUUGUUCAGAAUGGUCUCUCCCAGUGACAACAGCAGUGCUGCCCAGUGGAGCAGAAGCAGCAUGUCCACCCUCCGUGUGGAAUGGCCUGUAUUUCACAUUGAUUUGAACAGGAGUUCAGAGGUGCUUGGGAACUCCCUUAAGGUUGGACUUUUUACAAAUGAGCAGUUAUGUGCCAUGAACAAGACUGUGGUAUCACUGGAUGUGAUAUUCACCAGCACCCUUUAUGAAUUCAGAAGAGUAAGCUCUGAUGAAACUCUGGGCAUUAGAACUAGCAAAGGAAUCCCCCUGUCUAGGUCCCAGUGGGUAGAGUUUGAUUGCCCACCCAUUGGUCAAGAAAUAUACAUCACAGUGUUACUGAAAUCAUUAGAAACACAUUCCAUCAUCGCCUCCAUAGGACCUGUAGAUCUCCUCCACAAAUUUGGAUACAGACUGGUUGUGGCAGCAGAAGACACAUGCAAAACUUUGGUUCAGGUUUUUGUAAUCUCUCCACCGUGCACUUCUAUCAGUGGAAAAAUAGUUGUUUAUAAAGAGGCUCUCAAGCAUCCGAGUCAAAGAACAACUUGGCUGUAUGAAAACAUCCUUCACCCAGGAGACAACAGAACAGAAUUUAACUGCACUUUGUUUGAUGUGGGGAAGAACAAAUACUGCUUUGACCUCCUCCAUUUCUCAAACCGAAGCUACUUUCCAGCAAGAGUUAAGGAGUGUAUGCUGAUCCAAAGGAAUAUAGAAACGUGGAGCCGGUGGCAGCCCUGGAGCCCAUGCAGUGUCACCUGUGGGGACGGCAUCCGGGAGCGUUUCCGAGAGUGCCUCACCUCCUCGCCAGCAAAACCAGGCUGCGCUGGAUCGCCGAGGGAGACUUCCCUGUGCUCGCUGGAGGAGUGUGUGUCUGUCCAGCCUCCCACCCCACCUUCUGUUCAGCCAGGAGAGGACCAGAAAGCAAAUAAUAUAGUUACCAUCACAGGUAUCUCACUGUGUUUGUUCAUCAUCUUUGCCACUGUUCUUAUCACCCUCUGGAGGAAGCUCUGCAGAGCUCAGAAAUGCAGCACCGCUGUCCGACGGAACUCCGUCCAUUCCCCUGGCUUCCGGAAAAACUCUGACGAGGAGAACAUUUGCCAAGGCAACAAGCAACGGGACAGCUUUGCUGAAGGGGGAGACGCCCCUGUUAACAUUCCCCUAACUUACAGGCGAAGCCUCCAAUUUGCCCAAGAAGAUGAUGCCUCUGGAAGUGAAAACUUUCAGCCAAAUGCCCAAAAAAUAAUCCCUCCAAUUUUCAGCUACCGCCUGGCACAGCAGCAGCUGAAAGAGAUGAAGAAGAAAGGCCUGACAGAGACCACUAAGGUGUACCAUGUCUCUCAGAAUCCUCUCACGGACACGGUUCUUGGUGCCACCACGAUGCUUCCCCUGAGCGGGGAAAACCAAGAGGAGGCAGGAGCAAACAAAUUUCGGAUCAAAUCUCCAUUUCUGGAACAGCCAGCCAGUCAGCCCAAGUUCCUGGGAGAAAGCUCUCACCCUAGGCUGGAUUUUCCAUUCUCACAGGCCAAUCCUGCAAUGAGCCCUACCCAAACCUUGGUCAGAAGAGGUCAUUUCAAGCACCAGGAUAACAGGGUGGACUUGCCUGAGAGGGGCUGUCAUAGAAACUCACAGUUCAGAAGAACAGCCAGUUUCCAUGAAACUAAAAAGGCCAGGCCUUUCAGAGAGAGAAGCAUGUCCACUCUCACACCCCGACAGACUCCUCUCUACAACUCCAGGACCAGGACAUGGGACCAGGGUCUGGAGGACAGGAUACGGCCAAAAUCAAGGAACACUAAUCCGGCUUGUGAAAAGCUGGAUCAGCCCCACAGCACUGUGCUGGCCUGUGAACCACAGGGCCAUGGCACAAAGACCCACCACAGGGCAGGGCCCCCGGUGAGGAAGCUGGACCUGAUCACGGACCGCCCGCCUGCUGGUCAGGAGAAGGCAGCUGAGAAGCCUGAGCCCAGCCGAAGUAAGAGGGGCCCUUCACCUAACCCUAAAGGUGUGUGGCGGAAAGAAACAGGCCCAAAUGGCAAAGAUAAUUCCCAGAGAGGCCUAAGUGUCAGCCCUGCCCAGUAUCGAAGGGACAAGUGCCAGAGCUUCCCCUUGGACCCUGAGUUUGCCUUUUAUGACAAUUCUACUUUUGGCUUAACGGAGGCAGAGCAGCAGAUGAUCGACCUCCCUGGGUAUUUUGGCUCAAAUGAAGAGGAUGAAACAAGUACUCUGAGCAUUGAGAAGCUGGUGAUCUGAGUGACUCAUUGCG